UGAGAUGAAACCACAUCUCCCUCUCUGCUUUUCUUCUUCUUCUUCCUCCCUGCUUUCCACAAACAAUGGAUUCCCAUCACUAACAUAAAACACCAUACCAGAAACCAGAAACCAGAAACCAAUCUUCUCCCCCUCAAGAACAACAAUACAAGAGAGAUUAAGAAUGGGUUAUUGCAGCUCUUCUUGGAUCCAAAUCCUUAUUCUCAUCCCCCUCCUCAUCCUCCUCCCCACCGUCCUCCUCCUCUCCCUCUCCCCGAGCUCUCCAUCGCCGCUAACCUCAACCUCUGCAACUCUCCGCCUCUCCCCACGCCGCCGCCCGCCGGGAACCGCCGCCCUCUCCGCCUCCGCCGCCGCCCCUGCGAAACGGCUGGCGAAUCCCGCUCCAGAGAACAAGCUCGAGGCUGAACUUUCCCGCGCGAGAGCGUCCAUCAGAAGAGCUGCCGCCGGCGCCGCAGGCGGACUUGGCCGGACGAAUUUCUCCGGCUUGCUUAGCCGGCCGAGCGUGUACCGCAACGCCGCCGCGUUCUACCAGAGCUACUCGGAGAUGGAGAGGAGGUUCAGAGUGUACGUGUACUCGGAAGGGGAGGCGCCGCUGGUGCACACCGGGCCUUGCAAGAACAUCUACACCACCGAGGGCCGGUUCAUAUCCGAGCUAGAAUUAAUGCGCCCGGGAGAAUAUUCCGGUGCCGGCGAAGCGAAUAUUCUGAGAACGGAGGAUCCACGGCGAGCUCACGCCUUCUUCCUUCCCUUCAGCGUGACUCAGCUGGUCCGGUACGUCUACCGCCCCAACACCUUCGACCAGACGCCCAUACGCCGCUUCGUCUCCGACUAUGUCGACGUGGUGGCGUCAAAGCACCCUUACUGGAACCGCACCGCCGCCGCCGACCACUUCAUGCUCUCGUGCCACGAUUGGGGCCCGCACGCAUCCCGCGCCAACGCUCUACUGUACGGGAACGCCAUCCGAGCGCUCUGCAACGCCAACACGUCGGAAGGGUUCCGGCCGCGAAAGGACGUGAGCAUCCCGGAGAUCAACCUCGUCACCGGCGACAUGCCGCCGGAAUUUAUCUCACCGCCACCGCCGGAAUCCUCUCCCCGAUCCCUCCUCGCCUUCUUCGCCGGCGGGGUUCACGGCCCGGUCAGACCGGUCCUCCUCCGGUAUUGGAAGGGCCGAGACCCGGAUCUCGAAGUCCACGAGUAUCUUCCUCCCGGCUCGGAUGACUACUACUCGUACAUGCGGAGAGCUCGCUUCUGUCUCUGCCCCAGCGGCUACGAGGUGGCGAGUCCUCGGGUUGUAGAGGCAAUCUAUGCGGGCUGUAUACCUGUUAUAAUCUCAACUGGAUAUGUGUUGCCGUUCAGUGAUGUGUUGAAGUGGGAGGAGUUUUCUGUGAAAGUGGCGGUGGAGGACAUACCGCGGUUGAAAGAGGUGUUGAGGAGGGUGGCGGACGAGGAGGUGAUGCGGCUGAUGGCCGGAGUUAGGGCAGUGCGCCACCACUUUAUUCUCAACCACCCGCCCAAGAGAUUCGACGCGCUUUACAUGAUAUUGCAUUCAGUUUGGUUGCGGCGACUCAAUAUAAAGGUUGCUCAAGUUUAGGCUUUGGGAGGGAAACAAACAGUUUCUUUUCUAUUAAAUUGUUUUCGAAAG